GCGUCCCGUUGCUAAGGCCGCCCCCAGUCCGCAGAGUGGCCCUGGAGAGGCUCUGCAGCAGCUUAGCUAAAACAGCCAGAGAGAGCGAACCCAGUGCCUUCGCUUUGCGCCCGGGCCCGUGAGGCAGGUCCCGCUGUCACCUCUCCCUACCCUGAGUGACAGGCUGUCCCUAGUUCCUGUCUGUCCCUUCGAAGAACCGGCAACCCCUGAACCCCUGUGCUCCCCGUGUUGCCUCACACCCACAGCUGACCAGAAGAGAAGGGAAAGUAGCCAGCCAUGUCUAACUCAAUGUAUAACAAAAUGUGGCACCAGACCCAAGAAGCCCUCAAUUCUUUGCUUGAUAAAGAAUCUCAGCACAUGACAGAACCACAAAGAAAUCAAGUCUUCAUCUUCCAAACGUUAGCCACGUUCUACAUAAAAUACGUGCAGAUCUUCAGGAACCUGGAGAACAUCUAUGACCAGAUAGUCCAUCCGCAGAAGCGAAUACUGAUCCGAAAGAUCCUGGAUGGGGUCAUGGGCCGCAUCCUGGAACUGAAGAAUGAAAUGGUUGAGUUGGAAUUGACUGAGUUCCAUUAUUUUGAUGACAUCUUACAGGACCUAAAGUUGGCUCCCCAACAGUUAGACAUUCCUAUACCCAAGUAUUUUUUGAAGGAGAAGUUAGAAGCAAUAAGAGGAAGAGAGAAGAUCCUGGCACAGAUAUUGGCAGAGGGUGGAUUAGAUGUGCCCAAUGGGAAAACCACUGUGAAGGCAAUGCCCUUGGAAGAGGCUGUUAAAUUAAUCCAGGUUGCUGAGAGGGCCCGGCAAGGUCGCCUAAGAGCGAUAUUCAUGAAGCAAAUCUACCUUCAGGAGUACAGAGCAAAGCAAGCCAGGAUCCUUGGAGAACAAGUAGCAGAUGCUGGGGCUGCUGCACUCCGUAUUCAGAAGGUUUGGCGAGGUUUCCAUCAGUGCAAGAAGACGGAGCGAGAGCGAGAGGAGGAGAUGGUGUUCCUGGGAAUGAACCCCCCUCCUCACUUUGAUGAAGUGAGCCCAACAAUGAAGCAGGCCGAAAGGGUGGGCCACCUGCGGAGUGAGACACAGAUGAAGCACGAGGAGCGCUACAGGGAAGCCCUGGUUGCGAUCAAGAGUGACCUGCAGCUGAUUGAAGGCCCAGACAUCAAGGAGAGCCUUCAGGACCAGAUCCGGCACUGGUUCAUAGAAUGCAGGAAUUUGACUGGCACGUUUCCCAACUACCCCGAUGCAGAAGAUGGAGGGUCGGCUGUUAUUUUUUCCAACAAGACCCCAGAACAGGUUAUUGACGAUAUCCUCACAAACCAAGAUGAUGAGGAAAAGAACAAAAAGAAGAAGAAGGAAAAGAGGAAAACCAAAAAGGAGAAGGAAAAGAAAGGAACAAAAGAAAAAACUAAGGAAGAAGAUGAAGUGUGGAAAAUGUCUCCCAGUGUUUUCCUUCAGUCAUUGCAGGAAGGAAAUAACUUGUACAAAGACAUGUGGAUGAAUAAAGAUGAAUCUUGGAAUUUCCUUCAGGAAUAUGAUCCAGAACUAAUCAAACAGGAGAAGCGGAAAGAAUUAGAGUCGGAGAUAAGAAUACAGGUUGAUGAGUUGAUGAGACAGGAACUAAAAAACUUAAAACUAGCAGUGAACAAAGAAAAGGAACUUCCGGUCAAAGAAGGCAGGAAGAAAGGGAAGAAGAAAGGGAAGAAAACCAAAAAAGGGAAAAGAGGGAAGAAGGAUAAGGACCUGACAGCUGACAGGACCAUUGAAUCUCUGUACAAGGAGCUGGUGGAGGAAGGGCUGCUGAUCCAGUCCCUGAAGGUCAACCUGUCCGAUUACAUUGGCGAAUACAGCUACCUGGGGACCACGCUGCGCCACAUGUCCUUAGAGCCCAUGCCCUCGCUUCUGGAUGUGCGGCAGCUCAUCACACUCUAUGGGAUCCUGCCGCUAGGCUCUGCAGCAGUGCAUGAGAAAGCCCCAUUGGUGAAGUCGCUCCUGCUGGCCGGGCCAUCCGGGGUGGGGAAGAAAAUGCUGGUCCACGCCAUCUGCACUGAAACGGGAGCCAACCUCUUCAACCUGUCCGCAGCCAACAUCGCCGGGAAGUACCCUGGCAAGAGUGGGCUUCAGAUGAUGCUGCAUGUCGUCUUCAAGGUGGCCCGACAGUUUCAGCCCUCUGUGGUGUGGAUCGAAGACACAGAGAAAACCUUCUACAAAAAAGUUCCCAAUGCUGAAAAGCUGAAUGAACCCAAACGCCUGAAAAAACAGCUUCCCAAAAUCCUGAAACUCCUGCAGCCAAACGACAGGAUUCUGAUCGUAGGGACAACACAGCGUCCUUUUGAUGCCGAACUUCAAUCUUUUUGCAAAGUUUAUGAAAAAAUCAUUUUGGUUCCCAGACCAGACUACGCUUCUAGAUAUGUUCUGUGGAAACAGAUCAUUCAGCGCAAAGGAGGGGUCCUAACAAAAGCCCUGAAUAUCAGUUGCCUAGCCAAAGUCACGGAUGGCUUCACCCAAGGACAUAUAGUGGAAGUGAUCAAAGAUGUGCUCACUGAGCGCCGAAUUUGGCAGCAAGCUCGUAAACCACUCACCGCAGGGGAGUUCAUCACAGCCAUAACCAGCAUGAGCCCAGUGUACAAAGAGGAAGAAGAUUGCUUUAAGGACUGGUAUGCCAAAACCCCUCUGGGUAAAAAGCAAGCCUUGUCGUUAACAAUUGGUGGCAAAGAAAAGGAGAAGGCCAAAGGGAAAAAGAAAGGAAAAAAGGAGAAAAAGAGAAAGUAAAGUCUUCCUGAGGAGCCAUCCCUGAGCCUCUUUGGGAUGUUGGUGGCCCCACCUCUCCAGGGAGGAGAUUCAUCCGCCCACUGCAGAGCCACAAGGAAGGAGAGCCACAGCCACUGACCACUGACUGCUGUGAUUCUCCUGCAGUGGGCGGGCACUGAGCCAGGUAUCCACAGCAACCGCUUCUACCACUUGUAAUUAUUCUUUCUUCCACCUACACCGUACCUAUGACUGAAAUUCACUUUUCACAUACUCCACACCCUUUUCGAGUUGAGUCCUUGUCAGUUCUAGAGUCAAAUCAAAAUCUGAUCGAAGAGUAUUCUCAUUUAACAACUAAGCAAGCCAGGAGUGUGUUGUCAGUUGUUUACUAACCCAGACAAGCUGUGUAUUACCUUGCACAUAUUUUAAUUAACUCUCUGCUCUGGGAGUGUAUUUUAUAUAUUGAAAUAAAGCCAUUGUCCUUGAACUGACUCGAUCACUUGGUAGCCGGAACUAAAUAAGAUCCUAACAAUGCACUGUCUCAGUUUCCUGAUUUCGAGGAUAGGUAAAUCCAGCAUCACAGCACCACAUUCAGAAUGUGGGACUGAAGUAAUCACCAGUCUAGGGCUCUGUAGAAACCCUCAGAUACUGGCAAGCUGAAGACUGGACGAAAACUCAAUAUAAAAAUGGGAUAAAC